UCCCGACAAAGAGAGUUCUCCGCUGCGCUGCUUGCUGUUCACACUCUCUGCCUCUUGGGAAAUUUCGCGGGCGAGGAAAAUGACGACGGUGGUUCCUACUUCUGAAGAAGAUCCCGUCCUCUCCGUCGUCCGAUUUACGGCAGAGAUGUCAUGGGCGGACGCCGGCGCCGAGACUGCAGAGCCUGAAGUUAAUAGAUUGUGUGUCGAGGCCCAGAAAUGCAUGAUUGAAGGAAGGUGGUUGGAUUUGGUUUCGCUUAUGCUCGCUUCUGCAGAUAUAAUAUUUUCUAAAGCUUCUGAAAAAGAUCUUGAGUGUGUUUUCACAAUAAUGUGCAACCUUGUCAAGAAGCCUGAGAGCUUGGACCAAGUACAUGAGAUGGCAGAGCUCAUAUCCGCUAAAAUCAUUCAACAACCCAAUGAUAAACCCGCAUUGCGCUUGAAAAUCUUGUUCAAUCUCUACAAUCUGUUGGAGAACCCAUACAGCCGUUUCUGCGUUUACUUGAAGUCCCUCAAGUUGGCCACUGCCGGGAAGGUUACUGAACACAUUUUGCCGUCCAUCAAAAAGAUGGAUAACUUCUUGAAGGAGUGGAAUCUUGGAGUCAAAGAUCAGAGAGAGCUGUUUCUUGCAAUCUCCAACAUUUUAAAGGAAAGCAAAGGCUCUACAAAAGAUUCUUUCAUGUUUCUUACAAAGUAUCUGGAAACCUUUUCGUCUGAAGAUGCUUCUAAUAUGAAUGAGGCUAAGGAAGAAGCUGCCCGCGCAAUUGUCGAUUUUGUCAGAUCACCUGAUAUGUUUAAGUGUGACUUGCUAGAUAUGCCGGCUAUAGUCCAGUUGGAGAAAGAUGGUCAAUAUGGUCCAGUAUAUCAACUUUUGAAGAUCUUUCUCACUCAGAGGCUGGAUGCUUACUUGGAUUUUGAGGCAGCAAAUUCAGCAUUAUUAAAAACCUAUGGACUUGUCCAUGAUGACUGUAUAUCAAAAAUGAGGUUGAUGUCGUUGGUAGAUCUUGGCUUGAAUGAAUCUAGUCGAAUUCCUUAUUCUGUCAUCAAACAGGCAUUGCAGAUUGAUGACAUUGAGGUAGAAUCGUGGGUUGUUAAGGCAAUUACAGCUAAGUUACUUGAUUGCAAGAUUGAUCAAAUGAAUCAAGUAGUAAUAGUGAGCCGAUGUACGGAGCGUGUGUUUGGUGUGCAUCAGUGGCAAGAGCUCCGCACGAAACUAGUGACUUGGAGGGGCAACAUUGCUGGUGUUAUCAGCACAGUUCAAGCCAAUAAGAUUACAGAAGAUAGCGCACAGGCAGUGCAAGGUUUAGCAAUCCGCUGAGUGUUAUUUGUGGCAAUCUCUUUUUAAUUUUAGAGAUUGGAUUUAAUUGGGAUAAACUGUUCACAUCUUUUUCAGCUUGAAAUUUUGAUCAUCUUUUUUUUUUGGGGGCAAAAAUGUACCAUUUGUUAAAUUACAGUAGCCAUUUUUAUUUUGUCCGUCGAGGUUUCGGGCUGUGUUUCAAUUUGACGUCUUUGCUUUGUACUUUUAAGUUGACUCCAGUAUUUGGAAAUAGGUUUUGUUGCCCCGAAAAUUCACUUGUUUAGGAUAUCAUACCAGAAGGAAUUCCUUACGGGCUGGUAUAAUUCACUCUUAAUGAAUUCCAGUUCAGAUUAGGUG